GUUAUGAGGGCAGCCGUCCCUCCUAAAACUGGAAUCCCAGCGAUUUCCCUGGAAGAAAUCCCCUUUCCCGCCUUGCAGGGGAAGCCUUGGCCCUACUCUGAUGGAACUGGUAUGCUAAACCAGCCCCAGGAUUGAGGAUGAUCUUCAUUACAGUAGCUGACAUCUUGAGGAGCCUGUGGUGGACUUUAUGAUGUCCGUAAACCUUGGCUGCUGGGGAGAAGGUCAGGUUUGGUUUGGAACUUCCCAGUACCCCAUCAGGCAUAAUCACCACUCCAUCAUCCUCCUAACAGGAAAGCAGGGAGGCAUGGAAGUCUCCUGCCGCCUCGCCCGUCAAUACUGGGGCUUGGUUGCAUUAUUAAUCUCAUCUCUCUGCAAAGAGAUGGCGAAAGAGCUGCUGUUGGGGCUGCUGGGAUAUGUUGCGGCUGGGAGGAGCCGAAGGAGGAACGGAGAUGUUAAAAGGGUCGCUUACAGAUCCCUUGAUAAGUCCCAACACAUCAUAAUAACCCUACUGAUCCUUUACCGUUUUCUAUUAGAACAUCUAUAUAAAUAAAAAUGUAAUGUUCGUUUGUGAGAUUGAUAUAACUCAAAAACCACUGGAUGAAUUGACACCAAAUUUGGACACAAUACACCUCUCAGGCCAACAAAUGACCAUCACUCAUAAAAACACUGAAAAACACAGUGGAAGAGACUUAAAAGCCAAAAAAUAAAUAAUAAAUUACAAUGCAUGUGCAAAACCACAUAUAUAUACACACAUAUAUAUAUACACAUUUAUACACACACAAAACACAUAUACACAGACUGGGCCAAAGCAACGCGUGGCAGGGAUGGCUAGUAUUAUCAUAUUAGCACAUAUGCUACAUUAUAUUUAGUAUUUAGGGGGGGAAACCAGGCAAGUGGGUUGCUGUGAGUUUUCCGAGCUGUAUGGCUUGUGAGGUCCCAACAUGAGGAUGUCUGCCAUAGAUGUAGGCGAGACGUCAGGAGAGAAUGCUUCUGGAACAUGGCCAGACAGCCCGGAAAACUCACAGCAACCCAGUGAUUCCGGCCAUAGAAGUCUUCUACAACCAGGCAAAUGGUUUUCUAUUGUUUUUCUCCCUCCCAGGCUCCCCACCCCAUAUGCAUAACCCCCCACCCUCGUUUGAAACAUUGAUUUUACUCUCUCUCACACGCAUAUAAAUAUAUAAAUCUACCUAUCUAUCUAUAUAUGUAUCUCAAGGAAAUUCAGAAGUGGACCGGAGGAGCCGCUGAGUGCCUACGAAACCAAACGGGGAGGGGUUGUGAGCCAGGGCCGGGUUUCCAUUGGCUGCGGGCCCUUGCCGAGGCGCGGGGGUAUCUCGAAUCCUAUCCAGCAUGUUUUGCACAAGAAAUGUCAGCCAGAAAGGGCUAUCUGCUCUCCUCGCCCAAUUAUCCCGCGGCCAUGGCGUGCUCCUCGGAGAGCCCCGUUGCCAGCUCCUUCCUGGUGGACUCCUUGAUCAGCUCGGCUUCGGGCAGAAGGGACGGCGGAGGAGGAGGAGGAGGAGGAGGCGGUGGAGAAGAAGGAGGAGGAGGAGGCGGUGAUGGAGGAGGCGGAGGCGGCGGCGGGGGCAACGGCGGCUACUAUCCCAACAACAGCGGCGUCUACCUGCCUCAGGGCUCCGAGCUGCCCUACGGCUUGCAGACCUACGGCCUUUUCCCGAUCCUGAACAAGCGCCAAGAAGGUCCUCCCCCCAGCAUGGCCCCAGCAUCCCACCAGUAUAUGCCGGGCAUGGACGCCUGGCACGACGGCCCCAGGUCCUGCCGCCUGGAAGAGCCCCAAAGUCCGCAGGCCACCUCUUGCGCCUUCGCACCCAGCAUCAAGGAGGAGAGCUCCUACUGCCUCUACGACUCGGACAAGGGCCCCAAGGAAGCGGCGGCCACUGACCUGACCACCUUCCCGAGGCUCAACUCAGAGGUCUGCGCCAUGAACAACGUGGGCGCCGCUGGGGUGCCCGUGCCAGGCUACUUCCGCCUGUCCCAAGCCUAUGGCUCCGCCAAGAGCACCAACAGCACUUCCUCCUCCUCCUCUUCCUCAUCCACCUGCAGCAGCGGCUACAACAGCAACCACCACCACCACCCGCACCAGCACCAUCGCCAAAUGGUUGCCGAGUCCCCGUUCGCCCCGCAGCCCCCAGGGCGCUUUGAGAGCCCUCCGGUAUUGCCUCCUUCGCUGUCAGUCCCGGAUCAAGGCAGAAAAGAAGGCGAAGAGCCCUCCCCGCCCAGCACUUUGGCUUGCGUUUCCCAAAGUGGGGAGGAAGAAGGCUCCUCGGCUGCAGAAGAACUCUCCCCGGCGCCCUCCGAGAGCAACAAGCCCUCCCCAGAGAAAGGGGUCUUAGGCAGCUCCAAAGGGGAGCAGGCAGCCAACUGGCUGACGGCGAAGAGUGGCCGCAAGAAGCGCUGCCCUUACACCAAGCACCAGACCCUGGAGCUGGAGAAGGAGUUCCUCUUCAACAUGUACCUGACUCGCGAGCGUCGCCUAGAGAUCAGCCGCUCCGUCCACCUCACGGACAGACAGGUCAAAAUCUGGUUUCAGAAUCGCCGGAUGAAACUCAAGAAAAUGAACCGAGAGAACCGGAUUCGGGAGCUCACAGCCAACUUCAAUUUCUCGUGAUGGACCUUCGGAGGCAGGCAGGCACGCCUGGAUGGCCUGAGCCCCAGGACCAUGUCCCGCCCCAAACCUUCCCCGGGCAGGCUCGAAAGCUGCUAGCACCCCAUGGAUUUGAACCUCGCGAUCACAUUCCCAGCCUCUCCAUUGCCUGCUCGUGACAGAUUAUGAUGAUUAUUCUUAUUUGGUCGGGAUAAAGCCAUAAAACGGUGCGCGCACACACCCAACAGGCCAUUUCCCCCGCGCCUCCUGCCCUCCUCCUUCGCUCGGAUAUUUUCAGAUGUCCAUUGGUCGUUCAGAAAAGUGAGCCAAGCUUAUAUGGUGGCAUAGUCCACCGCCUUCUGUGUUGUGUCUCACAUACAUACUGGUCGGGCGGUAUCACAAUAGACUGCGUCUUUUCUUCCGCCAUUUCGAUGUGGCCACAGUCCAUGCCUAAUAGGGAUGCUUCUGGUUUGAGUUUUUGCUUCCCUGCGUCUCCUCUUUGGUGCAAAAAUAUCCAGAAGCUGCGCAAAGCAAACAAACAAACAGCCUGGUUGUCACUUGGGGUCAAGACUGUGUGUGUCCUUUGUCUAUGUGUUUGUCUCACCUCUCUUAAAAUGAAUAUAACAGUUUUCAGGG